AGGAGAGGCGAGAAAGAUGUGGCCCUCCCCUAAGGCUAGAGCGUCCACGGAAAGACACAGGGACUUCCGGGGCGGGGCUCUCGCUCCGUUACCUUCCGCGUGGCGGGGUGAGGGCGGGAAUGUGGGCGGCUUGCAAAGUGAAGAUUCGCGAUUGCUUGGCUCCUACUUCCGUCACUCUGAAACGGUGCCUGAAACCGGGGGCGACCAUGGCCAAGAGCAAGUUUGAGUACGUGCGGGACUUCGAGACUGACGACACCUGCCUGGCCCACUGCUGGGUGGUGGUCCGGCUGGACGGCAGGAAUUUCCACCGGUUUUCUGAGAAGCACAACUUUGCAAAACCUAAUGACAGCCGUGCUCUCUACCUAAUGACCAAAUGUGCCCAGACUGUAAUGGAAGAACUAGAGGACAUUGUGAUUGCAUACGGACAGAGUGAUGAGUACAGCUUUGUGUUCAAGCGGAAAAGCAACUGGUUUAAAAGAAGAGCCAGUAAGUUCAUGACUCACGUGGCCUCCCAGUUCGCCUCCAGCUACGUGUUUUAUUGGCGGGAUUACUUUGAGGACCAGCCCCUUCUGUACCCCCCAGGCUUUGAUGGAAGAGUUGUGGUGUAUCCUAACAACCAGACCUUGAAGGACUACCUCAGCUGGAGGCAAGCAGAUUGUCAUAUCAAUAACCUUUAUAAUACAGUUUUCUGGGCACUUGUACAGCAGUCUGGACUUACACCAGUACAAGCCCAAGGGAGAUUACAGGGAACUCUUGCAGCAGACAAGAAUGAGAUUUUGUUUUCUGAAUUCAACAUCAACUACAAUAAUGAGCCGCUGAUGUACAGGAAAGGGACAGUAUUGAUAUGGCAAAAGGUGGAUGAAGUCAUGACAAAAGAAGUUAAGCUGCCAGCAGAAAUGGAAGGGAAAAAGAUGGCAGUGACCCGAACCAGGACUAAGCCAGUGCCCUUGCACUGCGACAUCAUCGGAGAUGCUUUCUGGAAGGAACACCCGGAGAUCCUAGAUGAAGACAGCUGACCUUUCGUCUUUCUGUCCUGCUGUGCUUAACCAUGGAAGGCCUCCCAAGUCUUCUGGCCUUAGGUGGCCCUAGCAUCUCUGCCGCCCGGAACAGUGGCCCAGGAGGGACAUGACUCUGGUUGGGAGGGGAACAGGGAAGGAAGGUAUGGAUGGGGUGAGGUAUCUUGUUCUGCUUUAAGUAGAACACUUUUUUUUUGCAGUGUUGUAAUAUGGCUCCUUUGGUAAAAGUGCAUUUUUUAAAAUUUAUGGUACUAUUUUUAUAAAGUGAGAAUUAUUUUAUGC